CCUGCUUAUUGUGCGCAGCAGUAAUUCCGCAGUCUUCAUUAUCAGACAGUAAGAAUCUUUAAAAGAGACGUGCAAAUAAAUACAAGCAGGAUCUGCCCCCUCCUCUUCACUCACACGUGUCCUGUGUGGAGGAGAGCUACUGGCAGCGAGCUGGUGAAAUCCACAGGAGAGUACCGAGUGAGUAUAGUGGUGCAAACAGUAUCUCAGCAUAACAACCCAGAGCUUCAGGGUUCAACACUGCCGCUAUAUUGAACUGAGGCCGGUUUAACCCGGCUCGAAGAAAUCUGAUGAGAAAGAUUAGUUUUAAAUAAACGUUUCAGCAAAUAUUCCUAAGGGAUUUCUGAAGUCUCGCAACAGGCAGUUUUAAACCCAGGAGCAUUGUUAAGAUGAACUUCAGGUGCAAAAUAAACAGCAGCAGCAGAAACCUCUGAUUCCUGUUUACACACAACUGGAGUGACUCACAGUGCACUCGUGUGCUUCACUGAUACUGACAGGCUGAGCUUGCUUCAGGACGUGUCUCAGUUUACUGAGCGUUUCAGGCGGCUGUUUUAUAAUCCGGACACGUGAUCGGGGACGCAUGCCUGGGUCAAGCACCUGAAACCACAGAAAGAUUGCUUACCUAUAUCUGGAGACGUGAUCGGGGACGCAUGCCUGGGUCAAGCACCUGAAACCACAGAAAGAUUGCUUACCUGGAUCUGGAGACGUGAUCGGGGACGCAUGCCUGGGUCAAGCACCUGAAACCACAGAAAGAUUGCUUACCUGGAUCUGGAGACGUGAUCGGGGACGCAUGCCUGGGUCAAGCACCUGAAACCACAGAAAGUUUGCUUACCUGGAGAAGCUGAGCAAGCAGGGGCUGUUCCUUAAAGGUGCUGUCAGGGCUUUGAAACCCCGUCUCGUUCUUCAGUCCCACGAUCACUGGCCCGCUGUUUGACUCCAUGAAGACUCCAGACUCAGAGCUGACCUCUCAGAUCUCACAGGUGCAGGUGAUGGUGUCGGAGCUGAGGGCCGGCUUCGGCAGCGCCCUGCAGGAGUUGAGCAGUAUCCAGCACAGUGACGCUCUCCUCCAGAAGCAUAUCGACCAGACCAGGGAGGACUGCAGCCUGCAGAUCCAGGAGCUCAGGGGACUGGUGUUCUCUCUCAAGGACGAUCUGCAGGUGGCGCUGUGCGAGAUCAGGAGGGUCAGCGACUGGCAGCUGCGGCUCCAGCAGGACCUGGACGAGGGGCAGCGGGAGAGCACAGGGCUGUUCGAUCAACACAGCCACAGGUCUGUGACGCGUGGCAGCAGUAAGAGUGAAGAGCAUGCUCCAGCGCCCCCUGUCUGCAGGAACCUGCGCUGUUACCUGCAGGGAUUCAGGCCGUGCCAGGGACAACAUUCCCUCUCGCUCCAGACUGAGUGCCCCUGGGGUACCCCAGAGCAGUGCAGAGGGGCAGACUGCCGGAUCCAGCCACACCCCAGCGAGACCGCGUCCGGGAGCAGCCUGGGGCACAACCUGCAGUCUCCUUCACACCACGGCAGGAGACAGCAGGCUGCCAUGGAGCUGCUCCAGUCUGAGAGGGUCUAUGUCUCCAGCCUGUCUCAGCUCCAGCUGCACCUCGGCACAGCGCUGCCCCCCCAGGCUCACAGACAGGAGCUCAGCCAGGCGUUCCCUGCGUGUGUCCAGCAGCUGUCACAGCGCCACCUGCUGCUCAGGAACACCCUGGAGGAGCGUGUCUUCAGCUGGAAGUGGCAGGGCAUGCUGGGAGACGUCUUCGCUCAGCUGACCAGCCAGGAUGACGGUGACUUCUUGGACUCCUACCUGACGUACGUCAGGCUUUUCCCUUCCUGCCUCUUGGCGCUUCGCCAGUCCUGGAGUGAGAGGCCCAGCACACACUUGCAGGACCCCGCUCCCGGCCGGAACCAGCAGCUGCUGUCUCUCCUAUCAGCUCCACUGUCUCGAAUUCACAGCUACCUCUCACACAUUCAGGAUUUGUCCAGGUGGACCAGCGGGGAGCACCCUGACUCUUACCUGCUGAAGCUCAGCGAGAGGAGACUGGGGUGCUUCCUCACGCAGCACAGGGAGUUAAUGCAGGAGGCUGUGAGCCAGGCGGAGCAGUGCAGGGCAGGAGGAGGUGCCGUGGCUCGGCCCCUCAGCCCCCCCUCCCCCCAGCCCAGUAACAGCAGCGGCAGCCUGGAUCUGAGCAGCAGCACCACCAGAGACAGCGGGGUGCAAUUCGAGAGCACUGAGCACAGGGACCCCGCGGACAGGAGCAGAGACAGCGGGGUGCAGUCAGAGAGCACUGAGCACAGGGACCCCGUGGACAGGAGCAGAGACAGCGGGGUGCAGUCCGAGAGCACUGAGCACAGGGACCCCGCGGACAGGAGCAGAGACAGCGGGGUGCAGUCAGAGAGCACUGAGCACAGGGACCCCGCGGACAGGAGCAGAGACAGCGGGGUGCAAUUCGACAGCACUGAGCACAGGGACCCCGCGGACAGGAGCAGAGACAGCGGGGUGCAGUCAGAGAGCACUGAGCACAGGAACCCCGCGGACAGGAGCAGAGACAGCGGGGUGCAGUCAGAGAGCACUGAGCACAGGAACCCCGCGGACAGGAGCAGAGACAGCGGGGUGCAGUCAGAGAGCACUGAGCACAGGGACCCCGUGGACAGGAGCAGAGACAGCGGGGUGCAGUCAGAGAGCACUGAGCACAGGAACCCCGCGAACAGGAGCAGAGACAGCGGGGUGCAGUCAGAGAGCACUAAGCACAGGGACCCCGCGAACAGGAGCAGAGGAUGUGGAGACAGUUUCCUAGCGCUGAGUCUGAGAGGACAUGCUUGGCAGAAUCAGCUUCAGGGCAGGGAUCCUCAGCCUCACACAGCUCUGGACUCUCACAGAUCAGACGCUUGCAUUGCUUCCAGCAGCAAUCUCCCUGCCCAGAAGUACAGGGGUGACAAAAAACUGUCCUCCCCCAAAACUGCGGUGCAAACUGGGCAGUCCCCUGCAGCCCGAGCACUGAAUGGGAAGCAGCCGAGCCUCGAGAAGGAUUGCGCUGAGGAUCUGGAUCUCAUCGGCGCCUCUGUGUUCGAUUAUCACUCCGCCGGCUCCUCGGACUCCAGCCCCAAAACCGUCCGAGCAAGCGCCAUGGCCAGGUUACCCAAGAACUGUGGGAUACCGAGGGACCGCGACCCCACCGACACGAGCAGCUUCACUAAGAACUGUGGGAUACCGAGGGACCGCGACCCCACUGACACGAGCAGCUUCACUAAGAACUGUGGGAUACCGAGGGACCGCGACCCCACCGACACGAGCAGCUUCACUAAGAACUGUGGGAUACCGAGGGACCGCGACCCCACCGACACGAGCAGCUUCACUAAGAACUGUGGGAUACCGAGGGACCGCGACCCCACCGACACGAGCAGCUUCACUAAGAACUGUGGGAUACCGAGGGACCGCGACCCCACUGACACGAGCAGCUUCACUAAUAACUGUGGGAUACCAAGGGACCGCGACCCCACUGACACAGAGAGCAGUGCCGAGGGGUCGGAACCCCAAGUGAUCCGAGCGAAGCCCCAGCUGAAGCUCACGUCUCAGGGGUCCCCCAGGAUACCUGCCUCCCCCUGCAAGGCACCCCACACCGUCCCUGGCAGGGAGAGCGGAGAGCAGCCCGAGUCUCAGCGUGCAGCUCACAGGGGGGUCAGAGUGGUACACAGUGCCCCUGUCCUGCCAUCCUCACUUGGGCAACACAGCACUAACUGGAAAGAAAUGUCCAAGCCCGAAACAUCCCAUCAUCUCUCAAGGGUCAGCUGUAAACGGGAGAAGCGAGUGCAGAAAUCCGAGCGCUCUAAAUCAUCCGAUGCUGUCUAUCCAGCAGCCAGAGUAAAGCUCAGGUCCUUGCAAGAAGUUACAAUGCAGAACUCCCAGCACUGCUCCCUGGACCACAUGCUCCCAAAACACAAGCUCUCCAACUACAGUGUGGCUGGGUUGGGCUCUCUGGAGGAAUGCGAAGACAACACUGCCCCCUGCAGCGCGGUAUGACUGCUAGAAAGAGCCCACCAAGUCAGGCAUGGAUACUGCAGCAGGGAGUCCAAUGAAACUGCAGCCCGAUCUGCUCAGCCGGUUCUAUGGGUUUAAAACCUGACUGCGACUCUGUGUCUGAGCCAGAAUGCAGUCAGCUUCAUUACCUCCUCGCACCUGUAAUAAACCGUGCAAACUCCAAACCUCCUGCCCCCCAGCGCGAGCACCACAACGGGCUGACUGAUCCCAGCAGCCUCCUGGCUUUAAACACAAAUAUUUAUUGUUUGAUAUUUUUUAUAUUAAAUAUGAUGAACAACAAAUUACAGCUUUGUGCAUUUACAUUUUUAUUUAAUUGUAUAUAUUUGUCCCCACCAUGGAAUUUGUGGUGAAUUCAGAGCAAGUUUAUUUUUCCUUUUAGUUUAAUUAUUGUGUCGCGGCUCCCUGGGUGUUUCCACUGGCCCGAGCGAUGCAGUGCACUAAAGUGCCAGGUUUUGUGUAGCAGUGGAAGUCUGUCUUGCAAUGAACACCCAGGUAGCAGCAGCCCUAUGGUCCUCACAGUCUUCACAGAUUUUAUCAAGCUGUCCCCUUCUGGGAUAAGCAACAGCUGGAUGAGCCACACAGCACUGUGGAACACCCCUGGACUGCAUCAACCAACUGAUCUGCGGUCAUCUCAGGAUUACCCAAAAACAUGGGAUUAGUGGAAUCCAUGUGGAUUCCUUGGUAGCCCACUGUGGGGGAAAAAAAAAAAUCUAUUUAAUUAAAAACCUUGUCUUCCAUCUUGAAUUUCAAUUAACAAGACAGGACACCUACCAACUAAAGCAUCCAUCUCCAAACAACAGAUUCACCUUUAUUCAAAUAAAACCAGUGACACAUUUAUAACCAUAGAAACAAUCAACACAAUAUCCCCCCCAAAAAAUCUUCUGCGUAACAGUCAUUGCACAGGGAAUUCAAGCUCUUCUACCCGAGGCAGGGAGUGCAAACAUGUACACAAGUCAAAGUUAAGACCGAGGUGGUUCAUUUCAUUAAUCUCAAUGAGAACAUGGUUACAAAGCACAGUUAAAAGGACACAGAACAUUAAAUUAAAAAUGUGAUUUCCACCACUGUACAAAAUAAGCUGCUGCAGCACUACUGAAGACACAAGCAACCCAGACGCACAGUGCUGCUGUCAUCAGGUACAGAGGGAGGGAGAGAGAGAGAAGUACAGCCAGGGAGAGGGUGGGAGAGAGAGAGAGAGAGAGAGAGAGAGAGAGAGAGAGAGAGAGAAGUACAGCCAGGGAGAGGAGGCAGAAUGAGAGAGACUGAGAGAAGACCAGGCUUACUUUAAGAAAAACGUAGAAGACUGAGGACGUGUCCUCGAUUUUGAACCCUACCCAUUCAUUCAUUGCUUUGUAUGAAGCCGGUCUCAUCCCAUUGCACUCAUGAAUCUGGAAAACCAGUAUUGAUUGGGGCUUUCUCUUAAUGAGAAAUUAACACACACACAAAAAAAAAAAAAAAAAGCUAUCCCUUAAAACCACUGAUAAUAGUCUGAUUACAAUAUUCAGCCAAUUACUUUUACAGCAAAAUAUCCUAUUUAUUUUUUUAAUGAAAAAUCGAUGGAGGGGGUCUCAGAGUGGCUCACCUGUUACAAGCACAGCUGCAUGGUGCGCAGGGAGAGUCACACAGCGCAGGUUCACGUCCUGGCUGUGCAAAGCCGUUCCUCGCUGUGGACUCUGAAGGGAGCAUUGAGCGCGCACACACGAGAUAGAUAUACACACACACACACAAAAUCCCCUUUUGUGGUGUAAAGUUUUGUUCUAAACGUUAAGUUAGACAACCCAUUUUAGAUUCAUUGUGUACACCUUGAUUGAGCUAUAAAUAGGCACAAUAAGAAGCAUGUGUUGCUUCUGCUUGCAAAUCAAAUUCUACUCCCCCAAAAAUGGCUUACGUUAGGAUAAUCCAGCUUCUGAACUGUAGCAAGUGAUGAUUAUUAUUAUUAUUACAAUAACCCAGACAUUAGUAGUACUAGUGCAUUUUUUUGGAUAGUCUUCAUUUCAGAAUUUUAAGUCUACAUUAUAAUUUUAUCUGUUACAAAAAUAAAACCCCAAAACAACACAAUAAAAGUCUGUAGUGUUCUGUCUGCAGCAGCACACAAUGGGAGGGGUUUGACAUCCCGUUAAUAAGUUUCCACAACAUCCACAGAUCCGAGCUCCUCAGAAAUCUCCCACACUUCCCAAAGUCCGGAUCUCUUCCCAGUGUCUCUCCUCCUCCUCGUCUGAUCUCAUCUCUGAAGACUGAAGGCCGCUGCUGGAGUUGAAUAAGAGGAUUUCUAGUCCUGCAAAGACACAAUCUUCCUGCUAUGGCUCAGUGCAACACACUAACACAACGUUUAAAAAUCCCACUUUACAAGAGUGCAAUGUAUACAGCAUCAGAGGACCUCCCCGGGGUCUCGGCUGGUUUCUCAACCACUGACCCCAUAUUACUCGCUACUGCGUCACUAAGGCUUCUGCCACUCUGCAGAGGGUAUAGAUUGAUGCAUACAAAAACUUUUUUUUUUUUUUUUUUUUUUU